AAUUUGAUUGUCUCGAAAAACCGUGUGUGCUGCAAACAAUAUUUCUCUAAAUAAUUCUAUUAAAUAUUUAUCAAAUUUAAUAAUAUAUUAAGUGAUAUAAAUUCAAAUUUUUAUUUAUUUAAUUUGAAUCAAAGUAAAAAUUGAUGAAAACAAUGAUUAAGAUAAAUGUCGCAUUUUGUCCGCGUGUUGUAUGCACGUUGUGGUCAAAAGAAUAUUUUCUUACAAUGAUAAUCCAUGAUUAAUAAUGGAAAAGUGUAAUUCUAAUAAUAAGGAAGACCGUCAGGUCCUCCAAUAUUUUGUUGCCAAACAAAAUACUAUUUUAAUGCGUAUAUCGGGAGAAUGUGACAAAAAUGUCAAUACAUUACGUCUUGGCAUGUUGGUUGAAGCUAUCGAAGAUUUAGGAGAUAGCGCACUUAAAGUACGCGUUAUUGAUACGACAGGAUCAGAAAUUUGGCGUGACACAGAAUGGAGAUGUCAUAGAUUUGAUUUAAUCUCUGUUUCAUCAGAAGUUUGGAAAUUUUUACCUGCUGUUUCAGUCCCUCAAGAAAGAGUUCGUUUGGCAAAUUAUAAACACUUAUGCGAGGAACUUAUGAGCUUAGCAAUAAAUGACACUGUUUGGUAUUGUGCUGAUCCUCUGGGAUGUACUAAAUUUUUGGCUAUUAUUAAAUAUAUUGGACCUGUGCCACAACUUGGACAAGGAUAUUAUUUUGGCCUUGAUUUGUUGGAAAGUCAAGAACCAUCCAAAACAGCUUUAUUAAGCAAAGAAUAUUUUGUUUCUACUCAUUCUGAAGGAAGAUUUGCUACAUUGAGUAAUAUUUUCCCAUUAAAACCUGGAGGUCCUACAGGUCUUGCAAAAUCAGAUAAAAAUUUAUGUACAAAAAUUGAAACAGGAAAUAAUUGUACAAAUGAUAAGAAAAAAUCUGUAUUGGAUACUAUACCACCUGUUUUGUUAGAAAGAUUUAGUCUAUAUGAUGAUAAUAAAAAUAACAAUAGAGAUCAAGGAUCUUUGUCAAAAGAAUAUUUUCAAUCAAUAAAAUCAACAACACAUGAAAAUGACAGCAAUUUAACUAAAAGUAUAAUCACUUAUGGUAAUACACUCGAAAAGAAUGAAAAUAAAAAAUUUGGGCGAACAGAAAAUUUGGAUCUAAUUGUGGGUUCAAAUGUAAAGGUUUUGUUGGAUUCUGAUGUACAUUAUGGAAUUAUUCGUUGGAUUGGAACUCCUUCUGGUAUUACUUCUGGUAAAUUGAUUGCAGCUGUUGAAUUGGAUGAUAGUCAUCCAUCAGGUACUGAUGGAACAUAUAAAGAUGUAAGAUAUUUCCAUUGUCGACCAUACAAAGCUAUUUUUACGGAUCUUGAACAAUGUUCACGAUAUGAUGCCAUGACAAAAAUUGAUGAUUCAACAACAUUGAUAAAUACAGAUAAUUUCGGAAAUAUAGAAAGUUCCGUUAUUGUUGGUAUGGUACGUCCUAUCUCUGUAAAAGGAAACUUGGAAAGUAUUUGUGGAAAAUAUCGAGGAAUUCAAGGUCAUCAUAAUUCAUGUUACUUGGAUGCCACUCUUUUCAGCAUGUUUACAUUUACUAGUGUUUUUGAUAAUUUAUUAUUUAGACCACCAAAUGAAAAAGAUUGUCCGCAAUACGAAGAAGUACAAAGAGUAUUACGCGAAGAAAUUGUAAAUCCACUUAGAAAAAAUAUGUUUGUGAGAGCAGAUCGAGUGAUGAAGCUCCGAACUUUACUUGAGAAAUUAUCGUCUGUAUCCGGGCUUACUAGCGAAGAAAAAGAUCCUGAAGAAUUUUUAACUUCUUUGGUUGCACAAAUUUUGAAUGCUGAACCAUUUCUUAAAUUAAGUUCUGGUCAAGAUGCAUAUCAUUACCAACUUUUUGUUGAAAAAGAUGAUCAUUUAAAUCUUCCAACUGUGCAACAAUUAUUAGAACAAAGUUUUCUUACAAGUAACAUAAGAUUGAAAGAAGUUCCUUCAUGUCUUAUUAUACAAAUGCCACGAUUUGGAAAAUCAUUUAAGAUGUAUCAAAAAAUUCAACCUACAUUGUUGCUUGAUGUAACAGACAUAAUUGAGGAUUCUCCAAGACAAUGUACUGUUUGCGGAAAAUUAGCAGAAUAUGAAUGUAAAGAAUGUUUUGGACAAUGUGGCGUUGGACUUGAAAGUAUUGCUUUUUGUUUGCAAUGUUUAGAAAAGGUACAUCGACAUGAGCGAAGAACAAAUCAUGAACCAAAGAAGCUUGUAGUACCAAUGGAAUUCGCUAUUUUACAAGAACACUGUCCAGUUCCACGAUUGUAUCUUGAAUUGUCGGCAGUAGUUUGUAUCGAAACUUCCCAUUAUGUAUGUUUUGUAAAAUGUGGUUCUGGUUCUGAAGCUCCAUGGUGUUUUUUUGAUUCCAUGGCAGAUAGAAAAGGAGAACAAAAUGGUUACAAUAUACCGGAAAUGGUUCCAUGUCCGGAUUUUCCAUAUUGGUUAAGCGAGGAAGGUGGAAAUUAUUUAACUGAAUUAACAGACGAUCGUCAUCUACCGGAACAUGCAAAACGACUGUUAUGCGAUGCAUAUAUGUGCAUGUAUCAAUCUCCAGAUGUUAUGAUGUACAAAUAAAUUAAAAUGCCUGAUAAUAUAGAUCUAUUGUUGCUCUAAUAAUUUUUGUACUCCCAUUUUAUAAUAUCAGAUUAAAUCUAUUUUUUAAUUUAAUUAUUUUAUUAUUAUAAUAAUCUUAAAGAAAUCUAAUAGAGCAACUUAGCACAACAACAACAACAAUUUAAAAUCCACUAAGUUCAUUACGUUUUUAUAUAAAUAAUGAUAAAGAUCUUUUUGAUAUCUUAAAUUUGAAUAUUUUACAUAGAAUGAAAAUCUAGAUCUUAGAUUUGUACAAAUUUAAUUAAUGUGUAGCAGAUUUAUAUACUUAAUGCAUCUCUGAUAAUAAAUGUAUAUAUGAAAAUUAUAAAGUCACAAAGAAAAAUAUUGUUUCAAAAUCUUACAAAAUUUUCAAAACUAUUAGAUUUUUUCUUGACUACAAUUACUUCAAUAUCAUAUAAAAAAAGAUAAAAAGAGAAUUUUUGUUAGACUUAAGUCUGAAAGAAAUAUUAUUACAAGUGAAAAUAAACGAAAUAAUUAUGAAAAAUUUGAGAUGUAUCAUUGUAUAAGUUAUGUAAUAGAUAAAAUUUAAUGUUCAUUCAUGCCUUUGUGGCAAAACUAAUAAAGAUAGUGACGAAGUUUGUAUAAA